AGUUAAGAACCCGAGUCGUUUUCUCCCUCCCACGCUCUCUUCCCCUCCAUCGUCUUCUUCGGGAUCGACUGCGAGGGAUCUUCUUCGAGAUGUCGACAAUGGAGAGCUUAAUCGGCAUGGUGAACCGGAUUCAGAGAGCGUGCACGGUUCUUGGUGAUCACGGCGGCGCCGAAGGCGCCCUCCCGACUCUCUGGGAGGCGUUGCCUUCUGUCGCCGUUGUGGGUGGUCAGAGUUCGGGAAAGUCGUCGGUACUGGAGAGCAUCGUCGGUCGCGAUUUCCUCCCUCGUGGAUCUGGGAUUGUGACAAGGCGACCAUUGGUGCUGCAGCUGCAUAAGACGGAUGAUGGGAAGCCGGAUUAUGCUGAGUUUCUUCAUAUGCCCAAGAGAAGAUUCUCUGAUUUUAGCCUCGUUCGCAAGGAAAUUGCAGAUGAAACUGACAGAAUAACUGGGAAAACUAAACAAAUUUCGCCUGUUCCCAUCCAACUUAGUAUUUACUCAGCUAAUGUUGUCAAUCUAACGCUGAUUGAUCUUCCUGGGCUUACAAAGGUUGCUGUAGAGGGACAAUCUGACAGUAUUGUUCAGGAUAUAGAAAACAUGGUUCGCUCGUAUGUUGAGAAGCCCAACAGUAUUAUAUUAGCAAUAUCCCCUGCCAAUCAAGAUAUUGCAACAUCUGAUGCCAUCAAACUUGCCAGGGAAGUGGACCCUUCAGGUGAACGGACAUUUGGAGUUUUAACCAAGCUAGAUCUGAUGGAUAAAGGAACAAAUGCGCUUGAUGUCCUUGAAGGUAGAGCUUACAAGCUGCAACAUCCUUGGGUUGGUGUUGUUAAUCGUUCACAGGCGGAUAUAAAUAAGAGUGUUGACAUGAUAGCUGCCAGACAAAAAGAACGGGAGUAUUUUGAAACCAGUCCCGACUAUUCUCAUCUAGCCAGUAAAAUGGGUUCAGAAUAUCUUGCUAAACUUCUUUCAAAGCAUUUGGAGUCAGUAAUCAGAGCUCGAAUUCCAAGCAUUACAUCUUUGAUAAAUAAGACAGUAGAAGAACUUGAAUCGGAGAUGAACCAUCUGGGUAGACCUAUUGCUGUUGAUUCAGGGGCUCAACUAUACACAAUAUUGGAGCUUUGCCGUGCAUUUGAAAAGAUAUUCAAAGAGCACCUGGAUGGAGGGCGGCCUGGUGGUGAUAAAAUCUAUGGAGUUUUUGACAAUCAGCUUCCUGCUGCUUUAAAGAAACUUCCAUUUGACAGACAUCUCUCUCUGCAGAAUGUGAAAAAAGUGGUAUCAGAAGCAGACGGCUAUCAACCCCAUCUCAUUGCUCCUGAGCAAGGUUAUCGUCGCCUCAUCGAAGGAGCUCUCAGUUACUUCAGAGGUCCUGCUGAAGCUUCUGUGGAUGCUGUUCACUUGGUUAUGAAGGAUUUGGUUAGAAAAUCUAUAGGUGAGACUCAGGAACUGAAAAGAUUCCCAACUCUACAAUCAGAGCUAGCAGCCGCUUCCUAUCUCGCAUUAGAAAAAUUUCGCGACGACGGAAAAAAGACGGUAUUGCGCUUGGUUGAUAUGGAGUCAUCCUAUCUAACGGUUGAAUUCUUUCGCAACCUUCCACAAGAAGUGGAGAUUGGAGCCAACCCUGCUAACUCCACAGUUAAGGGAGCCAAGCCUGCUGCUCCUCCAGUGGAUCGUUAUUCAGAUCUGCACUUCAGGAGAAUUGCCACAAAUGUUUCUGCUUAUAUAAUGAUGGUAUCAGAAACGCUUAGACUCACCAUACCAAAAGCAACUGUCCAUUGCCAAGUUCGAGAGGCUAAGCGAUCUUUGCUUAAUCAUUUUUACGCCCAAGUGGGGAGGAAAGAGGGUAAGCAGCUUGGGCAAAUAUUGGAUGAGGAUCCCGCAUUGAUGGAGCGAAGAGUGCAGUGCGCAAAGAGGCUGGAGCUAUACAAGUCUGCUAGAGAUGAGAUUGAAUCAGUUUCCUGGGCUAGAUGAGCUUAUUUUGAUAAUUGUAAUUAAAAUAUUUUUUUGUACUGUAAAAUUUCUUAAAUGCAGAUCUCUCUGUGACCGUUCUCACAGCUUCAGAUUGACUGCAAAGUUUUCCUUCCUUUUUGUGAAAGUUCUUGGAUUAUAUUCAUUAAACGUUAGCAGUAUUCUUUUUUCAAUUCUUGC